AUGGAUCGUCUCAACAGAAUGCUCCAGGCUGCCCAAGGCCUGGGAAUGGGUGGUGGUCAGAAUUCUGACACUACUGUUAUGAUCGAUAACUCGGAAACUGUUCACAUUUCAUCUCUGGCGCUGUUGAAGAUGUUGCGACACGGUCGUGCUGGUGUGCCGAUGGAGGUCAUGGGCCUCAUGCUGGGAGAAUUUGUCGAUGAUUACACAGUCCGUGUUGUUGAUGUUUUUGCCAUGCCUCAAAGUGGUACUGGUGUCAGUGUCGAGGCUGUGGAUCCCGUGUUCCAAACUAAGAUGAUGGAGAUGCUCCGACAAACGGGCCGACCCGAAACUGUUGUCGGCUGGUACCACUCUCACCCUGGUUUCGGCUGCUGGCUCUCGUCCGUCGAUAUCAAUACUCAGCAAUCUUUCGAGCAGCUCACCCCCCGUGCUGUGGCCGUCGUUGUCGAUCCCAUUCAGUCUGUGAAGGGAAAGGUUGUGAUUGAUGCAUUCCGUCUCAUUCAGCCCCAGACCGUUGUCAUGGGCCAGGAACCUCGACAAACAACCUCUAACUUGGGCCACCUCAACAAGCCCUCCAUUCAGGCCCUCAUCCAUGGUCUCAACCGCCACUAUUACAGCAUUGCAAUCGCCUACCGGAAGACAGGACUGGAAGAAAAUAUGCUGAUGAGCUUGCACAAGCAGGUUUGGACAGAGGCCCUGCAAAUGAACGACUUCCAUCAGGAAGGCCAGCACAAUGUGGAUCAAAUGAAGCAACUCGUCAGCCUUGCCGAGGGCUAUGAGAAGCGAGUGAAGGAGGAGACUGAAUUGACCAAGGACCAGCUGAAGACUAGAUACGUUGGCAAACUCGAUCCUAAGAAGCACAUUGAGGAUGUCAGCCAGCGAUUGAUUGAGGACAACAUCGUUGCUGUUUCGAGGCAGAUGAUUGAUAAGGAAGCCUCGGUUGCCCGACAGGCUGAAGACAAGGAUGCCAACGGUGGCUCCAUGGAGAUUGAUGAGGAGCUUUAG